AUGACUAAAACAACAACGACUUCGAAAGAAGAACGUCAGAUUCUUCGUCAUCCCCAACAAGCAUGUCGACGAGAUCAAGUGGAUCGACAUGGACUAACUGCGUAUGAAGUAGCACAAACGGAAGAAAUACGAUGUCUCUUUCACCGACCAAACGAUGCCAAAGGAUUUUGUGCAGAUGAGAAUAUAUCUGACACAUUUGACGUGAUCAGGCGAGGAGAAAGUGAAGGACAAGAUAAAGACUUUGUUAAAGAUAAGUGGCUCGAGGGACAUACAACUUCAGACGAUAUAGAAAAAGCUAAGAAAAAGGUGAAUGUAGGGAAAAUGUUCUUUCAAUCCAGUUUAAUAAUGGCUGCGUGGACGAUGGGCCGCAAAUAUGCGACCGACGCACGGAUCAUAGAAAAGAUCAACAGCAUCUUGUUAGAACAUGUGACUCCGGCUCAUUCUGAAUAUGAGAAAUGUUUGUCUUUGAUGAACAAAACAUACAAAGAAGGACGACCCGAAUAUUUACUUCGAUUAUACUCGUUAGAAACACCAUUUUACCGGACACUACCCGAUGUUCAUAAACACGUAGAAUAUGCAUUUCAAGGAUUGUUAUACGUACUACUGAGGAAAAUAAAAUCUUGUUAUUUUCAGGGUGUAUCGUACCGUGGUGUUAAGAUGACGAACGAGGAUUUACGUGGCUAUCGUUGGACAUUCAGAAGUGCGGGUGUAAUUGAAACACGUACAUUCUGUUCAACAUCAUCCGAUCGAGGAGUAGCUGAACAAUUUGCAGACACAUCGACGACAGAUGUCGAUGACAAGGAAAGUGUUCUGAUGAUGUUCCACUUCGGUGAAAAGUGUGAUACGGCAAUCAACUUGAACAAACUGUCACCGGAUCUGCCGUGUAUUUCGGAAUACGAAGAUGAGGCAGAAGUCCUUCUGUUACCACUUACAUUCUUCAAUGUGAAACAGAUUGAACAGACUUCGUCUUAUUUAGCAAUUUCUCUUGAGAAUGUACCAUCCAAACGAAGAUCUCUGUUGGAGAUUCACUUUUGA